AUGGACGUCCAGCUCUAUGUUUACGACCUGUCACAGGGCCUGGCGAGACAAUAUUCCCGCGCGUUGACGGGUGUCCAGAUCGAUGCUAUCUACCACACAUCCAUUGUAUUGAGCAAUGUCGAAUACUUCUUUGGCCAGGGCAUCCACAGGAAAGUCCCCGGUUCAACUCACCAUGGCCGGCCCAUGUCGAUAGUGGAACUGGGAAAGACCGAUCUCCCCCUCGAUGUCAUUGAAGAAUACAUCGAGUCUCUGGAAGAAAUCUACACACCAGAGUCGUACGACUUAUUCUUGCACAACUGCAACAACUUCUCCCAGGACCUGGCUAUGUUCCUCGUGGGCAAGAGUAUUCCGGACGAGAUUCGAAGUCUGCCCGAGACGUUUCUGAGCACCCCGAUCGGACAGAUGUUGCGCGGACAGAUCGACCAGUCCAUGAGGAGGAUGACCCAGGCUCCCGAUGCUGCUUCUGGCCAGAAUGCUUCCCGAAGUCCCCAAGUCGCCAGAACGAACUCGACACCGGUGGCGAACGGCACUCCUGCUUUGGCCACCGUCAACGGCACAACCACCCACAAAGUUCCCCCAACAGCCAUCAUCAACGCACAGCCUCCAGCAGAGACGCCGGGACAUGUCUACCACAUCACAUCACUAGCCGAGCUCGAUAGUCUGCUUGACGCAGCGAGACAAUCUUGCGCUGUCAUAUUCUUCACCUCCGCCACGUGCGCGCCGUGCAAGAUCGUCUAUCCCACAUACGAUGAAUUAGCCGCCGAAGCUGGUGUUCAAAGCGGUGCGAAAUUGAUCAAAGUCGACAUCUCCACCUCGCCGUCCGCGCAUGCCGUGGCGCAGCGAUACCAAGUUCGCGCCACCCCAACUUUCAUCACCUUCCUCAAGGGCAAGAAACAGGAUGAAUGGUCUGGAGCCAACCCGGCACGGCUGACGGGCAAUGUUCGCUUGCUUCUGCAGAUGGCGAGACUGUCUCCGCACCCACAUACCGCUUUAAAGUUAACUACUUUCCAGCGCAUCGUCGACACUCCCAUCAUGUACAACCGCACUCCUCCCCUGGACAAACUACUUGCCAAGAUCGGGCCCGAAUUCGCCAAAGACCAAGCCGUACAAGACCUCGUGGCGUACAUCAAAGCCCGCGACGCAAAGGGUAUGACUGAAGCCCCUCUGCCGAAUUUGCACGCUUUCAGUGGUUACCUUGUCUCGGCAUUUCCGUCUCUACCCGUGGAGACACACUUUGCGGUCAUAGACCUUGUACGCGUUGCGGCUGCCGAUCCGCGAGUGUCGAGUUUCCUUGCGACAGAGCAUGGGUACACCACUCUCACGACUCUGCUGUCUACGACGAACCACGGGGGCGAUUUCUCCUCUGCGCCCUACAACAUCCAGUCGGUCUCGCUGCAGCUCGCCUGUAACCUGUUCGGGUCGAACGUGUUCCAGGAGCGUGUCUUUCGCGGACAGAACGCAGAGUCAAAUCCAGGCGAUCUGAACCAGAUGAUCGAGUCGCUGGCAUCGCAAUGCCUGCUCUCCCCGCAUGCAAAUGCCCGUCUCCUUGCCGCGGCACUUGUGUACAACCUCGCCGC